AUGGGAACCUACUUCCCCAUUUCCUAUCGUGUGCCAGGAAGGUACCCGCCGCAGGUCAUGGGCAAAGCGCUGGACAUGGCAGAAGGCAUCCGGGUGAGCGGCGCGCCCGUGCACACCACGAGAGACGAACUGGUUGCCAAGGUGAAGAAAAGACGCGUAUCAAGUAGCAAUGAAGGGAUAGAGGAGCCCUCCAAGAAACGCGCUGUAGAGAAGAGCAAAGAAUCUAAGGAUACUGAAAAGGAUGUGAAGACAACCAAGCCAGAAGCACCUAAGGCAACUGACAGCACAUUGCCAAAAAAGCAGGAAAAAGAAACCAGCAAGGAUUCAGAAAGCUCCGACUCACUUUGCAGUUCAAACCAGGAAGCAGGCACAGCAUCAGGCACCGAUACAGAAGGAAAACCUGCUAAUGCUGAAAACACCACUGAGCAAAAUCCAACUCCAUCUCCAUCUGAAACGGAGCCAGCAGAGAAGCCUUGCUUAAAUCCCUCUACGGAAAGCAAGUGUGAAAACAUGCCGUCACCUGAAAAGAAAGCUGUGUCAGGUGCUGUGCCGGCGGCUGUUGCGGGUGCCCCGCAGCCCAGCGUGAUGCCAUCGGCUGCCAAGGGUGCCCCGCAGCCCAGCACAGCGCUGUCAGCUGCCAAGGGUGACCCACAGCCCAGCACAGUGCCGUCGGCUGCCAAGGCUGCCAAGGGGGCCCCACAGCCCAGCACAGUGCUGUCGGCUGCCAAGGGUGCCUCGCAGCCCACGACGGUGCCGUCAGCUGCCAAGGCCGCCCCACAGGUGAGUGCUGUAUCUCUGUCUUCCAAAACCCAAGCGAACAUCCCAUCGGGAGCCCCCAAGAGCAGUGCCCAGGCGGGAACCUCACUGCUUCUGGCCCCCAAGGGUGGCACCCAGGCGGGCGCCUCGCUGUUGUUGGCUGCCAAGGGUGGCACCCAGGCAGGCUCCUCUGUGCUGCUGGCGCCCAAGAGCGGCACCAAGGCGGCCUCCUCGCUGCUGGCCUCCAAGACUUCCGCGCAGCUCGGCGCCAAGAGCAGCACGCCGGCGAGCGCCGGGCCCGCCAGGGCGCUGUGCAAACCCCUCACCAGCGAGGAUGCGAAGGAAAGGCAGCCGUUCUUCAACAGACUCUACAAAGCUGUAGCCUGGAAGCUGGUCGCUGUUGGGGGCUUCAGUCCUAACGUGAAUCACGCAGAACUGCUAAACUCGUCUAUUCAGUCUGUGAAAGCUACUUUAGAUGUUGCUUUUGUUCCACUGAAGGAACUUGCUGACUUACCUCAGAAUAAGAGCUCUCUGGAAAAUAUAGUUUGUGAACUGAGGUGCAAGUCUGUCUAUUUGGGUACUGGCUGUGGUAAAAGUAUGGAAAAUGCCAAAGCAGUUGCUUCGAGGGAAGCUUUGAAAUUAUUCCUCAAGAAGAAAGUUAUUGUGAAGAUAUGUAAAAGAAAAUACAAAGGAAGUGAAAUUGAAGAUUUGGUACUUCUGGAUGAAGAAUCAAAACCCUCAAAUUUACCUCCAGCUCUAAGAAAUCCUCGUGAGAUCAUAUAGGCAAGAGUUGCUGUUUAUACUGUGUAUAGUAUUUCAACACGAACUGAAGGUUAAUUUUGUACUUUUAAAAUGUAGGCUUCCAGAUAUUUUGUAUUUCUUUCUCAGUUUUGCAAGACAAUUAUAUUCCUUUCACUUGGUAGCAAUUGUAUAAAACUUGUUAGAGAUGACAAGUGCGCAUGUAAAGGUAUGCCUUAAUAUAUAGCACACUAGUGUGCUGUUUUAUUUGCGGAAUAGCCUACCUAAUUCUUCUAUUUUUAAUUAAACGAUUAAGGUACAAUUUGCUGUUUAAAAUCCCACGAUUUUGUAAUUCUUACAAUUUGAUGGCGGUGUGCUCAAUUGUCUACCGUAUCUUUUUUUUUAGCUGCAUAGAAGUAUGUAUAUAGGGACCAUAAUACUUGAAUGAUUGAAAAGUGUUUGAAAAUUUCAAUCAAAAAGUUGAAUCAUCCAUUUCAGACGUGUUGCUCAUAAUGUUUGCUGUUUCUCUUAAUAGGAGAGAAAAUAGUUGGUUGAUUAUUUCUAUGAGGAGUUGUAACAGAUAAAGGAAAAAUGACCCUCAGAUCCCAUCUAACCUUAUAGGAGCAAGUUA